AUGUGGCGGUUGUUAUAUCUGCUGAUUCGCCAAUUUGUGGUAUCUGCUGCUGACCAGCUCCAGUGCCUAGUGCCGGAGAAAAAAGGCUCACAAAAGAGAACACAACAGCUACGUUCCGAACAAGCGAGUUCUACCAAUCCAUUUAUUUUUGGAACGUCCCCGGAUACCUAUCCAUGGGGUACGAUGCACGAAUGUGAAACUCACACUAACUCGGGUCACACAAGCACUAAUUUAUAUGAGGAUUCUCAGCAUCUGAACCGUGUGUCAGACACCACAACCCAGCAGUUUAACGAUGGACGGGACCUCACGUUCUAUUCAGCUAAACCUCUCGUGACCUCUAAUCGAGACUAUCGUGUAGUCGACUUGAAAAAUUCGGUGGCGUCUGUCGGUAUGGAUGACCCAGUUCGUUGUCCACCCAGCUCGGCCACGUGUCCCACUCCAACGCCCUCUCAACAUGUGGCCAUAAUGAGAUCGAUAUCGGCCCAUUCUCUCUCACGGUCAAGUUCGGAUAUCGGAUCAAAAGACGACCCGAACGUUCGUGUGCGGGUUAGCUCGAAAGAGGCGAUUCGGGUGAUUAUUAACGCGGUCGAUGCACAAAUCAAUUCCGUACAGGAGAUGCUUGGCUACUUCAUGAAACUGGUCAAAGCCGAGAAAGCCGUCCAGCAGGCUCUACUCGAAUUGAUCCCGGAACGUCAUGACAGCACCUCGGCAUCGCGUUCAACAGGAACUAAUGGAUCCGUUAUCUCUAGCACCGGUGGUUUUCAUCGCUUGUUGUCAAAUUCCUCCCGACGAAGACGUUCCGUGUUUUCUCCCGUCCACUGUAAUCCCACAGAUACGGAACUAAAUGGAAUUUUACACGGUUUGGUAAGCUCGACGAAUCAGCAAGCGCGAGCCUACUCCACGCGUGCUCUGUUCCACAAAGUUGUGACGGUAGCUCAGUUGGAGAGCCUCAUUACUUGUCAUCAGUGUCUGAAACGGACCUAUAUGGAGUGUGAAACAGAACUUCAGUCGCAAGCACAUCAGUACGCGACCAACAUAAGAACUUGUGAGAGGAAAUAUGCCAAGUACGCUGAACAGAUGGUGAAUCUUCGGGCGAAAGUUGCAAGUUUAUGUGAUAAGCGCGUUUCCUAUCACCGUAAAACGGUCGAGGUGCUCAUGAACAAUUUGGAGGCCGUCACACGCAAGUUACAUCUGAUGCACAAUGACUACCUUAUGGUUGUGUGGACCGCGAACCACUUUCAACAGUGGCUUCACACGCAACUUCGUCCCUGUCUACUGAACGGGAUCGAACGAACAAUGCAGCUAACGUGUGAAGUGGUGCGACAUCUGCUGGUGUUCGGUGGCGAAACAGUUCAGGACUCUUCACCCUCUUGGUUAAUGGAAUUACAGGUCAACCGCAAUCUGUCUACUUUGCUCGAACAACACGGUCUUCAGUUCCCACCUCCAGUCCAGUAUGAGUUCAAUGCGGCCUUGUUGCACAAUGUUCCGCCCAAAACAUUGUCACCCACGUCUCUAGCCUACAACGACUUGACUCGGCAGUCAUUUGGAGACCUCAUGUACACCUACCGAAAUCGAGAAAUGUCACAUCGACAAACCGUGGAUCAGAUCACUCGCGAAUGUCUACAGUGGGAAGAAGCAUUGGCCCAGUGGCGGGCGGUCUUCGCGAUCCCGCUGCCGAAUCCCUGGUUGCAUGCUCUGUCGAAUGAUGGCGUUCGGAACAUGGCUAUGGAUUCGGUCACGUCAACUGCUUCAUCCGUUGUCAAUUCGUCCAUAGAGGAUGGUACGGCUGCUUUGGAUGGUAACGGUAGCGGAUGGCCGGUUUCGGCAAACGGGAUACCGGACAUUCAAGAAUUGUGGCACGAUGAUCGUGCUCGACCAGUCAAUCUGUGCGAGGUUUCCUAUCGUCUCACAGUAUGUGAGUUCGAACUACGCUUUGCCACUUGCCUCGCCGAGGCCCACGCUGAACUUGUUUCCCGAAUGGCAGAAGCGCAAAAUCGAUUGGCUCCGAAUCCACUUGAUUUGCCCAAUAACAGUAUGUCAUUCGAUCGCUUACCUGAGAGACCACCGUCUACAGGUGGUCGAGGCCUACCGGAUUUGCUGGAAACACCAGUAUCACUUUCAAGCCUUAAUUCUCCCCGGUUGAUGACUUCUGCUACGUCUGACUGCAUCGUACGUUCUACCGCCGCAACCCCAGAGCCCUCUGGAACGUCCUACAACGGAAUCAGCAAAACAAAUAGUAUGUACGCUUCCGACGCCAGUUCUCUGAUGAGUUCGCGACCCAACACAGGAAACAGAUUGUGGAACAGUUUUUGAUAUUCCAUGUCCCGCUUGCGGUCCCAUUUCACUCGAUCCGGUCCACUUCGAAGUUCGUUACAAUCGGGCUCAUCAAGACCCAAGUGGCGUGCAAAAACACCAAAGGACUCACCCGCCAGCACAUUGGCAAACAAUAUGGAACAGGAAAAACCCAGCAGACCAAAAGUGGUAAUCGAGCGAGAGUAUAAUCCCGACAGUGCGACUGUAAAUAACGGACGAUCAUGUCUCACACCAAGCGCGGUGCGCAGCCACCAUUUGGUCAGUUCCACCACUUCGUUACAAAUUACCCCACGGUCAAUGAAUAAUGGUCUACCUCCAUUGCACAGCCCGGCCUCUCCAGUCCCCGGGAUGAAUUGUUCGGGACACACUACUCCACUGCCUCCAGGUUAUAGGACCGCGCAGCAAAGCUGCAACGGACCCAACCCCAGUGAUGACUGUCCCACAAUGACGCGACAAGUUGACAUCAACAAGGAACCAUGGUUCCACGGUGUUCUUCCUCGAACGGAGGUAGAAAGGCUUCUCCAAAACCAAGGCGACUUCCUUGUGCGACAAACUAACAAACGCGUCAGUGGUCGUGACCCAAACCGCCCCGCCCGAGAGGGUCGUUUUGAUGACCAGCAACAGGCUGAUGAUGGUGCUGCCGACUCAACCCUUCGUGCGGGCGGUACAACUAACCGAAUAGUUCACCGGAUGGUCCUCUCUGUUUAUUGGCACGGACACAAACACUUUAUUCUUUGUGGAGGUGAUGGCACAGGUCGUGGUUGGUAUUUGGAAAACGGAGAAUUUCCCAGUAUCAGGGAACUGCUCGAGUAUCACAUCCUUACAGGAACCCCCGUGACAGCCAAGGUGCUUGCUUGUCUGAUCACACCCGUCACUCGUCCUGAUUGGGAACUGGAUAACAAGGAUGUCCAGCUUGUUCAGAAAAUUGGACAAGGUAAUUUUGGCGAUGUCUACCGCGGCUACUACAACGGCUGCGAGGUGGCCGUGAAAACUUGCCGUGGUGAUACCAGCGCAGCUCAUCUACGACAGAAAUUCCUACAAGGCGAACGAACGGCCUUGAAUUUCUGUCAUCCACACAUUGUGAAGUUGAUUGGAAUCGCGGUUCAUUCACAUCCAAUCAUGAUUGUGAUGGAAUAUGUUCCAGGUGGAUCUCUGCUGACCUAUUUGCGCAGAUUCAAGAAUGUUCUCUCCUUAAACACCCUUCUCCUGAUGGCCUCAGACGCUGCCAGCGGCAUGGCUUACUUGGAAUCGAAGAAUUGCAUUCACCGUGAUUUGGCUGCACGCAACUGUCUGGUCACGGAGAACGGUCGGCUAAAAAUUGCCGACUUUGGUAUGUCCAGAGAAGAGCACAUCUACGAGCUCAGUGAUCGCCGUGGACAAAUCCCGAUUAAAUGGACUGCCCCCGAAGCUUUGGUCACCGGACGAUACACAAUCAAGUGUGAUGUCUGGUCGUAUGGUGUUCUGUUGUGGGAAAUCUUCACUUUCGGCGAUAUUCCCUACCGAUUUUGGUCCAAUCCGCAAACUCGAGAAAUGGUUGAGUCAGGCUACCGCCUCCCAGCUCCGGAAAAUAUGCCCCCAUUGGUCCGAAUGCAGAUGAAUGCCUGCUGGCUCGCCGAUGCCGAACGCCGUCCGAGCUUCGCAGAACUAUCACGUAUUCUGCACUUCUCCGCCGCGUCUGACCCGGCCCCGUGGACCCCGUCCCGUUCCAACCUAUCCAGCUUCACGAAACCUUCCAAAAGUCCCAUUGUUGUGACCGAAACUAGAAACAACACCAGCAACAACAACAACGGUGACCACAACCUGCCGCAUAAGUUUGCCCGCCUGUCUGUGAAAGACAAGCGAACCAGAGAAAAUUGAACACAACCUCUCCCACUAGGCGCUCUUGUGAUGAUCUCUUCCUAUCUAUUUGGGCCUCUUAUUCUUCACGUUCCACUUGUUUUUCCGCAGUAUUGCAAGCGCCAUGUGUUUUCUUGUGCACGUACCCCUCCCCUCUCUAUUGAUUUGUUUGCUUCGUCGCGCCAGCUGAACACCAUAUCUACCAAAUGAGGCAUUCAGCCUCAGUCACAGAGACCUUAAUAGAAACUGGCCAAAGUCUCCCAUAUCUUGUAUCCCUGCAGUUUUAUCCCAUUCCAUUUUUUAUACAUUCUCCUAUGCUUGCUGAUUGACCGUUUUGUCCUAGGCCAAGGUAAACAGUUUUCCUCGUCGCUCCGUUUCUAUCCUCCGUGUCUCUGCCUAUUAUGUUUUGUUUUCUAAUUUCACUCUCUUAUCACUAAUAUCGGCUGUGAUAGCAAGCACGUUUUGCGUUUGCCGUGGCUUGUGUUUUCUGUACAAC